GGGAACUCCGACUGGUAUUAUUCUCCGGGGCUCCUCUUCUUGGCCCCGGCUCCCCCACACGUACCCCAGUUCGAGGGCACGUGCUCAUCGAUGACAUUUCCCCCGAUUUGAGACAUUCGAAUGCGAAGCGAAGUAUCAUUAUAGUAUACAAUAGUCCACCUCCAAGCGUGCGAAGCACGCCAUCACCUACAGAUCGAGAUCGCCCUCCCAUAGCGUCCACUGGCCCCUCUUCGGAGGUGGCUCGGCGGCCAUGAGUAUACAAUGGAUGCUGGAUUCUCGUGGGCUUUUCGACAGCACGCCCCCAAAUCCUCGAACUAAGCUGGACAACAACUCCACCCUUCUUGUUAGCUGGUGGGCGACUGGGUUUUCUCUUGCAAUCAUCGUCACUCGAGUAUGCGGACGCUACGUCCGGACCGAGCGUUUCUUUAUGGAAGACAAGGUUAUGCUAGCUGGCGUGAUUCCGCUACUGAUCCGCAUGGCCUGCGUGCAUGUCAUUUUGAUAUGGGGUACAAAUAACACGAAGACUGCCGGACUGUCUACCGAGAACAUCGAUCAUAGGGUUGUUGGCAGCAAGCUGGUAUUGGUCGCUCGGAUCUUCUAUGCUGUCUUUAUCUGGACGGCAAAAUUUACCGUAUGCGAGUUUUUGAAACGUGUCUCGGGUAUGAUCUGGCGACGGUCCCUCGAUAUUUUCCGCAAAUCCCUCUACUAUUUCUUGGCCUCGACCCUGCUCGCGGUCGUCAUUGCUACUCUCGCGGAGUGCACUCCGUUUGACCAUUACUGGCAAGUCGUGCCGGAUCCAGGGCCGAAGUGCCGUCUUGGAUAUGCGAACCUGAUCGUGAUGGGGACCUGCGACGUGAUCACAGAUCUGCUGUUGGUGGCAUUUCCGAUCCCGUUUAUCAUGAUGACUCACAUGCCCUUGAAGCGCAAAGCCUCUCUUGUUAUUUUGUUUGCCCUGUCUCUGAUUCUCGUGGCAAUCACCCUCUACCGGGUACCGUCCGUCAUCUGGCAAGAUGGAGAGCAACAGUACCGAUCGCUUCUGGCAUCGCUAGAGAUACUGGUCGCCACGGCAGUGUCCAAUGCUGUCGUGAUCGGCUCCUUCGUGCGAGACAAGGGCGUCAAAAAGAACAAAUUCAAAAAGGCCCUGGCAUCCGCUUCGGUCAAUGAGAAUAUGGACUAUAGCUCCUUUCGCCGCCAAACCAUCACCCACCAUCAAUGGGGCAGCGAUUCAGACCUGGCUGCAGGCCUGGGAAUCCGUCUGAAGCCGGAACUAUGCUCUUCAGACAGGGAUUUGCCCCGUCCUGCGCCGGUCGCUGCCCCUUAUCACAGCCUCACAGGCCGUCCCGCCGGCCUAUUGAACCCGAGCUGGUCUUUCCCUCAGCGACCGGGGGGCAUGGACGAUGACCACACGUCUACUACAGGCAGUCUCGACAUCAAAGUCAGCCCCCACGAAUAUAUAGAGACCAACAUCUCUCCUCCACACAGGAUGCCCCGAGAGGUUUCAUCCCCCACCCAACUCUCUAUCUUCGAUGUAGGCGGCCUGCUCAACGCGCCUACUCCCACAACCGCGCAUCCGUCCCACUACCCCGAUCAUCAACCGCGCCAUUCCAGUGGCAGUAGCAAAUCCGCUAUUUACGACUUCGGAGCUACCGUCUCUACCUCCGGCUCGCCGGACUUGAACCCAGAUCCUAAUGCGACCUACCAUCACCACGCACUCCCAUCAUCUCCCGUAGCCCCGAAUUCUUCUUCCCGCCCUGGCGGCCUUCGCCGUAGCUCUCUUGCGUCGAACCGUCGCAGGGGAUCGAGCGUUCACUUCAGCGAUUCGCCGGAGUCGCCCGUGCCGUCCUAUCGCUCCCAGCCCGAAGUCUCGACCCCGAUCCCCGAGGGCGAUGAUGUCGAGCUCCAGGAUGUGGGAGGAUUGCUGUCGCGGCGGUAUGAUCGAUGAUCAGCGUAAUGUGCCUGUAUCAUUAUUCGUUUCGUGUCUUUGGUUUGAGCUUAGCGUGUUUCACUGGAACUGGAGUGGGAUUGGCGGGUUUUGGUUGGGCUAUGGAGUUCGGCUUGAUUUUAUGAGAUAUACCAUAUAGUAUAGUAAUUUUGGUUAGCAUCCUAUGCAUUGAUUGCAAA